AUGAAGCAGAUGAGAACCAAGCCCGGAUACCAGGUUAUUGAUGCGAAGAUCGACACCGUUGCCUUGCAGCAGCUUUUGAGUAUGAAAUACACGGAUGGGGUAUCAUACGAACCGAAGAUCGCUGUUGUCGACUUCGGCUCCGCAUUCGAGCCGAGUGUGCAAGAGAAAGAAAGGACUGCCAUCCCGCUCACCUACAUGGCACCAGAUGCGACGGCCGCCGGCCGCCUCCUGGCAAUUUUUGAGAACUGGGAGCAUUUUUGCGGACCAAUCCCGAGGCAUUACAGGCAGAUCAUAUCGCAUGCGCUCUUGGCCGACAAUGUCAACAUCGAGGCUCGCUUCCCGUCCUUUGACGACCCCAACAAACCUGCCCUGUCGAACUUGAUGGCCGACGAGGAGCUGAUCCACCCAAAUAGUGCGGGCAGUGCGUGGGGACUCAGCUCGUCCCAGCUCGAGAGAGCGAUCGACAAGCUCGGCACCGAUAACGCGAACCGGCUCAUCGGCCUUCUUUGCGCUAUCCUCAAGUGGAUGCCGGAAGAGCGACUGUCGGUUGAGCAGAUCAUCAACCACCCCUUCUUUGGCCAGUACUGA